AUGGCAACUCGUCAGCACUAUCUUCUUGUUCUACAAUUAACAACCUUAUUCUGCUUUUCUCACUCACUCGAUAGUGACGGUGGCUUCAGUGUGGAACUCAUCCACAGAGACUCAACAAAAUCCCCAUUCUACAACCCCUUUGAUACCCCAUUCCAAAGAUUAAGCAAGGCUUUUCAACGCUCCAUGAACCGUGUGAAUCGCUUUUACCCACACUCAAAAGCGUUGUCAAAUGCACCACAAGCGGACAUAAUUUCAAACCAAGGAGAAUAUCUCAUGAGAUAUUCAAUUGGGACCCCACCAAUUGAGAUCUUAGGCAUAGCUGACACAGGAAGUGACCUUAUUUGGUCACAGUGCAAGCCUUGUGAUGAUUGUUAUAACCAAACAAACCCUAUCUUUGACCCUUCAAAUUCCACAACAUACAAAUCUAUUCCUUGCAACACAAGGGUGUGUGAAUCAUUGGUACAAUCUUCUUGUGCUAAAACAACAAAUGAGUAUUCUACUUGUGAAUACAGUAUGUCCUAUGGUGAUGGUUCAUACUCCAUUGGUGGUCUUGCAUUUGACACACUCACACUGGGCUCAACCUCAGGUAGCCAAAUUUCAUUCCCCAACAUAUCAAUCGGUUGUGGCCACAACAAUCAUGGAACCUUCGACUCGAAUGGCUCCGGGAUUGUUGGGUUAGGUGGUGGUUCUGUCUCGCUACCUUCCCAAAUCGGCCCUUCAACAGGGUUCAAAUUCUCGUACUGUUUGAUUCCUUUCAUGUAUUCAAACAAUACAACAAGCAAGAUAAACUUCGGACAAACGGCUUUAGUUUCCGGUCCUAGGACGGUUUCCACGCCCAUUGUUCAAGGUCCUAUUGAAACCUUCUAUUACCUUACAUUAGAAGGAAUCAGUGUUGGAAGAAAGAGGCUUGAUUUUGUUAAUGGAAAAAGCAAAGUAGUUGAAGAAGGUAACAUUAUCAUUGACUCAGGGACAUUUCUAACUUUCCUUCCGGAAGAUCUGUACUUGGAAUUGGAGUCUGAGGUGGCAUCACAGAUGAAUUUGCCAAGAGUGAGGACAGAGGUGCUCAAUCUUUGUUACAAGGCCCCGGGGAAUAAAAUUGAGGGUCCAACUAUUACUGCACAUUUUGGUGGCGCUGAUGUGGAGUUGAACACUGCCAACACUUUUGUUAGUGUCUCUGAUGGCGUGGCUUGCUUGGCUUUUGCGGCGGCCGAAAGUAACGGCGCCAUAUAUGGCAACUUGGCUCAGGCGAACUACUUGGUGGGUUAUGAUAUGCAAAACAAGGUUGUGUCGUUUAAGCCCACUGAUUGUUCUAAAGUGUGA